UUUAUUGUUUGAUCCGCAUGGAUACGAUGCAUUUUUUGUGCAUGCUUUGGAUAAUUCCAUGCUUUUGUAAGUCAAUAUCUUCGGGCUUAGGCUUAGGCUUAGGCUUAGGCUUAGGAUUAGGCUUAGGCUUAGGCUUAGGCUCAGGCUUAGGGCUUAGGCUCAGGAAAUACCUCUUUGAAAUUUCCUGUUUUCAGACCAGCUCUUGUAAUGAGCCUAACUCUGCUCAGUUGCUCCCCAGCUUGGAAAGAGCGAUUUAUAAGCGGGCUCCCAAUUAUCAGGAGGCUCAAAAGCUCAUCUGUGGCUCACCAAAACUCAUAUUCUACAGCAUCAAGUGCUGGAAAAGAGACAGAAGCGUAUUUCGAGCAGCUGAGAAGUUCGUGGGCUUGAUCGGGAAAUUUUUUAGAACUUUGUUGAACAUUUGAAAAUAAAUAUUUUCAGUUACAAAAUCUCUUAACGUCUCGUACAGAAAAAAAACAUUUCGGAAACAGAUUCAGCUGCUAUAUUGAUAUUUUGUUUAAAAAAAAACAUCAACCAGUUAUUAAAUUUUUUGACAUUUUUGCUGAAACUCUUGGAAAAUAUUCAGUUACACACAAUUUCCUAUGAACACCUCAAUUCGUAUCAAUUGUAGCAAAAGCUAUGAUGAUUUUGUGGAAGCUUCGAAAUUUGUUGGAUUCUGCUUAUAUCUGAUUCCUGGAGCAAUUUUGCACGUGCUCAUUUUGAGAAUUUUGCUGAUUAAGCAGAGGAAAGUGUUCAGGAACAACUCGUUUUUUAGAAUUUUUGCAACGGAUUCUGUUGUGAGCCUCGUUCUCAUAUUCUGGGGCAUCUUCUUCAACCGUCUCUUCAUGUUCAUCCCACCACUCUGCCCACUUGUCAGUCCACUCUUUUUCGAACCUUCUCUAUUUCUAAAAAUGUACUACUGGAUGUACAAUCACGCAAGAAUGUCCAAAUCAGUUGCUCAAAUUUUGAUGGUUCUGAACAGAAUGUGCUGUGUGAUAUCUCCAAUUGGUUAUGAAAAGAUUUGGAACAAAUUGGCCGUGACAACUGUUUUCGUAGUAUUGGCGCUACCAUUUUUCGGAUCGUGGAAUCUUUUGCUCUCCAGAAUGUACAUAUUUCCGUCUUACGGAGGAUUUAAUGCUUCUUAUGUCAAAUAUGUGCAAUGGGCCUCCUUAUCAAUGUUCCAAUCAAUUUUCCUGCUCAUCGCUCUUUGCUUCACCAUUAUUUGCUCCUCGGUCUCCCUCUAUAAGCUCAUAAUUUUGCCGGAUCGCAUAAAGUCCGCCGAGAAAUCUCUAUGCUUUGUUUCACUUUUUUAUUCGAUUGCAUUUUUAGUGGUUGCAGUGUCACAGCUAAUUUUUGUUUUCUGCGAGGUUUGUCUGAAAAAUCGGCUUUAUCUGCUUUUCCAGUUUUUUGCAUUUGAUUUUUUGACCGUUGGAUCAGCUGUAAUUAUCAUGCUCUCAAGCCCCCAGUUGUCAAACUUUUUGGGAUUCUCUGGAACCUUCUACAGGCGGAAAGCUUCACCUCCUGGAAGCACAGUGGUUAAGAUCUUCACCUCCGUGCACAAUAAUUCUUCAAUUAUAUAA